UUCAUCCAUCACUUCCAUUACAUUACUUAAAAAAUUUCUCUUAUAAUUUAAAUUGUAUAAUGAAAAUGACUAAGGUUUGUUCUUUUGUGGCAGUAAUGUUGGUGAUGAUCCUUGUUUGUGAUCAAUUUGGGGCUAACGAGGCGGCGACAUGCAGCGCCUCGCAGCUGAGCCCGUGUUUGGGUGCGAUCCAGGGUGGGACCGCACCAUCACAGGAUUGUUGUGCUAGGCUUAAGAACCAGCAGCCUUGCAUUUGUGGAUUUAUGAAGGAUCCUAAUUUGAGGCAAUAUGUUAAUUCUCCAAAUGCUAGGAAAGUUGCUGGACAAUGUGGUGUAAGCAUUCCUAGUUGUUAAUUAGGUUUACAACAUUUUACUUGUUGUAUACAUAUGGGUCUUAUGUAUUAUGGAAAAAAAUAUAUAUAUGUAAGACUUUAAAUAAAAAAUGGUUGUAAUCUGUGUUCAAGUGUGUUAUGAUGAAUGAAUCUUGUGGCUUUUGAUUUUAUUU